AUAAAGCAAAAGUGAACGGCAGAAAAUUGUUAAUAAUGGUGUAUAAACAAGUGAUAUUACAGAAACGAAAGCGACCCGGGUUAGUGAAACUUAUUGGCCCAAUGGAGCUGGAGGAGCACGAAUUCAAGGCCCAGCCAUCGCUGCCAGUGGCGAAGAAAAAGCCGGGCGGCUCCCGGAAGCAGAACUAUGACCACUUGGAUGUCUGCUUCACGAAAAGCAAUCGGGGCAACAAUCUGCUCACCAUCGACGGCAAGCCCUUCACUCUCAAUCGGCGGAUCAGGGACGUCUGCUACUGGGAGUGCGUCAAGCUGCGCUGCAAGUACACCAAGUGCUCCGCCCGCGUGGUGACCAAGUCCAACCAGAUCUCGGCCCUGCGUGGCUUCCACAAUCAUCCCUAAAUUACGAAUUACCUGUGCCAUUCAACCAUUUAGUCAAAUAAAUAUGUUAAAGUCA